GCUUUUGGCUCUCAUUCACGAGAUUUUUCUCAUUUUCCACCCAGGUGCUUCACGGGGCAAGACAGUCUACUUACAAGAAAAAAAACGCAUACACCCACAGACACUGCCAGGCCAGUAUUUUCGGAGCGUACACUACAUUACUGGAUCUUGCGCAUGGGGCAGAUUUCUACGGAAGCUAACUACAUGUUUUUAGAAGAUUAUACUUCAUUUAGCGCUGGUUUCGCACGCGACGACUCGCCGGCUGGAUUCUUAUUUACUUACUAGUUCUGCAGUUCUCAAAUAACCGAGUUGUGGGCUGAACCGUUUCUGUUUGCUGGAGAGGUGAAUAAAUCUUGCUUCGUUUAAGAACUUUUCUUGUUAAGUAGAACUGAACGUGUGCUUUUAAAAUGUCCAAACCUUUAGAUCACAUAAAAAGACCAAUGAAUGCUUUCAUGGUUUGGUCUCGGGGCCAACGGAGAAAAAUGGCACAGGACAAUCCCAAAAUGCAUAAUUCGGAAAUCAGCAAAAGACUUGGCGCUGAGUGGAAGCUGUUGUCAGAAUCUGAAAAGCGACCUUACAUAGACGAGGCAAAGAGACUGAGAGCGCAGCACAUGAAAGAACACCCAGAUUACAAGUACAGACCCAGACGAAAGCCUAAGAAUUUACUGAAGAAAGACAGGUACGUCUUUCCCUUGCCAUACCUCGGGGACACAGACCAUUUGAAAGGAUUUUCUGCGGACUCUCUUUUGGCUUCGUCGGAGAAAGCCAGAGCGUUCUUACCACCGACUUCUGCACCGUACUCUUUCCUCGACCCGAGCCAGUUCAGCUCGAGCGCAAUUCAGAAGAUGACUGAGAUGCCCCACGCGCUGACCACCGGCACUUUGCCAUACGCCUCUUCUCUGGGAUACCAGAAUGGCGCUUUUGGUAGCUUGAGCUGCCCCAGCCAGCACACCCACACUCACCCAUCACCCACAAACCCUGGGUACGUCGUGCCCUGUAAUUGCACUGCCUGGUCUGCGUCGAGUUUACAGCCCCCUGUUGCCUACAUACUUUUCCCAGGUAUGACCAAGUCUGGAAUAGACCCCUACUCAUCAACACAUGCCGCUGCUAUAUAAAAAAGAACAAGCAGACAGUUUAUUCCUAAAACUUGAAUGCAAGCAAUGCAUGUGUACCCAGACAGCGCGGGAAAAUGGAGUGAUCCGAAAUUAACCGACGCAGUGGACUGUCGUAAAGGAAGAAUGAACUUUUUACCGCAGCGAUAGAACGUUUCUACAGAGACCUCAGCACGGAACUUGGGAUAGCUGUAAGGCAGGUGCCCUGUAAACUGUAAGAAUUGUAAAUGUUAAACGUUUAUUGAUGGCUGACCAAAUAAAAGGUGGCCUUUAAGUUUAUUUAUUAUGUACAUUUUAUUGCUAUAAUCGCUGUUUUUAUUUUAAUGACUCAACUGAAUUCGAAAAAGAACCUUUUUUCAAGACUAUUUUGAUUUGCACAAUUAAGUACUUUUUUGCUGUAAUACAAUUACAAAAUUCUUAAAGCUUAAAGUACAAAUCAGGAACUAAAUAUAAAUACACUGGAUGUGUUUAUAUUUAUUUAAAUAGGCACGUGCAAUUGGCUUGUUUGUAAAAAAAAAUCGAUACAAUACUUAUUUUAUUGUUAUAUUCUGUUUUGGAUUUUGCAUUUCCUAGUGUGGUUCAGUGGUAUAUGUCACCCAUUCAUUUAUUUUAUGAAGCACUUCAGUUCUGAAACCAGGCAGUACUGUGUUUUAUCCAAUAUGGUUUAAGCCUGUUUAAUUAUGUCAUGGAAAGAACAAUGUAACCAGACUGACGUUAUCUCGUUAUUUGUUUAUUUGGCGGGAGAAAACGUUUUGAAUAAAGACAAUCUGUCUUCAAAAAAAAUUUCAGAAUGAAUACAA